UUUCAGCCCCUUUUUCUUCCCGUGUCCUCGUUUCAGACUUCUGUGGAGUUUUGCGGUCGACAGGAGACCACCAUGGAGCUCCGUUCAACGCAAACUUUCUGCCUUCUGCUGUCUCUUUUAUUUGCGAGUGUUGCUGCAGAUCUGCAUUCGCCUGAGGUCCACACAGAGCUCGGCAGCCUGAAAGGUCAGUAUGUGACUGUGAAGGGGACAGAGGCGGGGGUCCAUGCCUUCCUGGGUGUCCCAUUCGCAAAGCAACCUGUGGGUCCUUCACUGAGGCUGGCUGCACCUCAGCCUGUGGAGGGAUGGAAGGGAGUGAGAGACGCCACCAAGCAGCCAGCCAUGUGCAUCCAGAGCAGAGAAAUUGUUCUGGAUCUACUGGAUAAACUGGGUGGGCUGUCAGCAGAAAUUCCAGAAGUUUCAGAGGACUGUCUUUAUCUGAACAUUUACACUCCUGCAAAGAAACCUCAGAAUGCCAAGCUUCCAGUUAUGGUCUGGAUCCAUGGUGGAGGCUUUACCUUGGGGUCUGCCUCCAUUUAUGAUGGCUCUGCUCUUGCUGCUUACCAGGACGUGGUUGUGGUUCUGAUCCAAUAUCGUUUGGGACUCUUGGGCUUUCUCAGUACUGGAGAUGAGCAUGUGUCUGGAAACUUUGGCCUGUUGGACCAGGUAGAAGCCUUGAAGUGGAUCCAGCAGCAUAUUCACAACUUCGGAGGAAACCCGGAUUUGGUUACGAUAUUUGGAGAGUCUGCUGGUGGAGUGAGCGUCUCCCUCCUGCUCCUCUCACCGUUGGCUGAUGGCCUUUUCCACCAAGCCAUCGCUGAGAGCGGCACAGCUGCCAUGGAUAUGAUUGUGUCAAAUGACCCUCUCCCAAUGACAAAGGUCAUCGCAAAUCUGACUGGCUGUAGCUCUGAAAGCACAGAGAGGUUUGGUGAAUGCAUAAGACACCUCGACAUUGAUCCCAUCAUUUCUCUUGCAAAGGAUCCAGCAGUGAGGUAUAUUAUCAAUGUUGACGGACACUUCCUGAGAAAACCUGUGGAUGAACUGUUCCGCAAUCAUGAGCUCCAAACUGUACCAUUCAUGACUGGUGUUACUAACGAUGAGGGCGGAUUUCUCGUUCCUUCUUUCCUUUUUCCUUCCAACUGGACUGAAGGAUUAGACCGGGACCUUGUGGUGAAUGUGAUGUCCUUGUUUUUCCCUGAUGAGAAAGCUGCAGUUGUUCUCAAACAGUUGAUAGAGGAAUAUAUUGGAACUGGAGAAGAUCAGAUAAGAAACAGAGAUGGCUUCACUGAAAUGUUUGGAGAUAUAAUUUUUAACAUUCCAGUUGUCAAAACUGUGAAUGCUCACCGAGAUGCUGGUGCUGCUGUUUAUUUGUAUGAGUAUCAACACCCUCCUAAAGCACUGAGGGACAAAAGGCCGAGCUUUGUGAAGAGUGACCAUGGAGAUGAGAUCCUAAUGGUCUUUGGAUUAUGCUUUACAACUACUCAUGUUACGUUACAAGUUGAAUGCCCUGAAGAAGAGGAACAGCUGAGCAGAACUAUCAUGAGCUACUGGGCCAACUUUGCCCGGACGGGGUCUCCUAACGGGGACAGACUGGCUCACUGGCCAAAGUAUGGAGCAGAAGAACAGUAUCUGGCCAUCGGUUUGAAGGAGCAGGUGGUUGCAGAUCACCUGAAGAAGGAUCGAUUUGUCUUCAUGACUCAGACCUUCCAAGAGAAGAUCAAACAACUUCAGGAGAAAACUGAGCACAGUGAGCUGUAGAACAUUGUUGAGCAUAAAAUGUUUUUAAUCUGGAUUGUCAUUAAAUGAACAUAAAGUUUCAUUGUUUGUAUUUUCUCCUCUGUGUUGUUCACUGAUGACACUUGGCAU